AUGACGCGUUUCGUUGAACCUCUUAUUAUCACGUUUGCGGCCGUUGUAUACGUAUCCUCACAAAGAAUGAAGCAUUUGCGGGAGAACGAGUACAUAGACAGAACCUACUCCCCUCUUGAUUAUCGAAAUAAUGGUGUCUUCGAACACUCGUUCAUGACUGAACAUUGA